CGGAAACCUGUCAACUGUUGGGUUCUCGAAUCGUUGACUUGAUUGCUCAAAGUUAAACAUUCUCCAAAUUCUACAAUGACAGGCGUCAGGUGAAACAUCUAAAAAUGGAUUUGAAGAAAAAGCUCAUAUCUUUCAUCAGUCGGCAGGACUCAGCCAAGUCUCCUGUUGAUGAUGAUGUGAGCAGCCUCCAACUGUCAGCUGAUCCAGCUCUGACCAAGUUCAAGGAACAUAUCAACGAGUACCCGAAUGACCCACAGGCAGAUAGAGAGGUCAUUGAGAGUAUCGAGACUGUGUACUACAAUGACGAGACGUUUGACGCCAGCGAGUAUGAGCUCAACAAACUGCCAGAGACACUGGAGAUGGUGGAAAUUAACAAAGAUCGAGAGAGAUUACGACGACAACAUCAAGCGGUCUCUAAAAAGGUGUCAGAGUUAGUGCUACAGAACCAUCCUGCCUAUAACACAGAGCUUCAGAGGGUGAUGGAGUUACAAAAGGCUCUACAAAGUGCCAGUGUCAUUUGUGCUAACGGGCGCAGACAUUUAGACAGGGCUAAGACCGGUUUUACCACAGCCAGUUUGGGAUUGUUGGCUAACUACAGAAAAAGGCAGCAACUACAAGGUCUACUCAAGUCCCUCAGGACCAUCAAAACACUGCAAAGCACAGAAAUUAGGCUACGGGAGAUGUUAGAGGAGGAAGAUUAUGCUGGGGCCAUUCAGUUAUGCCUGGAGUGUCAGAAAGCAGCCAGCACAUUCCGUCACUUUAAAUGUAUCAGUGAGCUCAAUGCUAAGCUGCAGGACACCCUGGAGAUGAUAGAGGAGCAGUUGGAUGUGGCCUUAUCACGGACCUGUACAAACUUUGACCACGUGCAUUACAGCAAAGUGCAAACAGCAUACAGGAUGCUGGGAAAAACACAGACUGCCAUGGACCAGCUGCACAUGCAUUAUGCCAGCGCUAUCCACAACACUGCGUUCACCAUCGUCCUGGGCUAUGUAGAGUUGUGCGCUGGCCACAUGCAAGCCAACUUCCAGAAGAGACAGUAUCCAGACUUGUGCAAGUUUAUCACAGGUGAAGUGUUCAUUCCUUGCUUGAUCGGGUUGUGCAAAGCAUUAUGGGAAGUGAUGAAGAGCUAUCACAUGACCAUAGAGUGGCAUGAAGGGCUGCUCAGCGAGGCAGAGACGUUGGGCAGUAAUGUUGAAGCGACAUUUAACCGUCAUUACAUCAAGCAGAAGCUUGAGCAUGGGUUAGGCCGAAUCUGGCAAGAUGUCCAGCAGAAAGUCAAGACCUACAUCCUGGCCACUGACCUCUCCAGCUUCAAGUUUGACGAGUUUAUUCAGGUGUUAGAUCUCGUCAACAGGUUGAUUCUGAUUGGUGAGGAAUUUUGCGGGAGUAAAUCUGAAGGCCUACAGGACUCACUGAAGCGACAGAGCCUGAAUUAUUUCCGUAAUUACCACCGGGCGAGGAUGGAGGAGCUGAGGAUGUUCCUGGAGAAUGAAGGCUGGGAGAUUUGCCCAGUCAAAUCCAACUUCACUAUACUACAACUUCUUGAAUUCCGUUUUAUGAGGAAUUGGUCUGAUCCCUCCAAACCCUCUACUGUCAACGGUCUCGGGGCUAGCACGCCAUCCAAGUCCUCAAACACAAUGGCUACAACGACGACCGUGACAGUACCUGAUAGCGCCAUGUCCAUGCCUACGUCCACGUCCAAACCUGAAAACGGCUACUUCCAAAAAUUCAAAGGUGACGGGAAUCCUUUUGAUAUCCAAAAAGAUGAGGAAGAGCAUGAGGACGUCUUGGCUACCAAUGGGAUGGAUGAUUCUGGUUUUGGGUACAAAGACGACAGCGAUUCAGAUUCUGACGUUCCCGAUGAACUCAAGCAGGAAUUUAUUGAUGAACUGGCAGGGGAGACCACUCCUGCUAAAAGGAGCCUGAAGAAGUUAUCAAGAAGUCGAAGCAAUUUCCGGCCUGCCCCAAUCAUAACCAACACAACCCUGAAUGUAGUACGAGUGUUUGGUAAAUACAUGCAGAUGAUGACCUACCUGAAGCCAAUUGCCUUUGAUGUUAUCUUGUGUAUGUCCCAGCUGUUUGACUACUAUCUCUACACAGUUUACACAUACUUUGGUACAGAUUUGCCGGAGCUGAAUUCUCUCAUCCUUAGCAACCGAACCAAAAUUACGCUGCAGAGGAUAGAAGACAGUCUGAUUAUGUCCGAUAAUGUGGCAGAGCAGGCCGCCCGGGAAACAGUGACGAUACAGGGUGACAAGAUGCCACCCCCUCAGCUGUCCUCAAUUACUGGCCUGAUGACCCCCGACAGACUGUAUGGCCUUGCUGAGCGGGUUGUCGCUGCAGAAUCUCUAAUGUUCCUGGCUGCACAGUUUGAGUUUCUCCACCCACAUCUGGACGCCAUGAUCCCACCCAAUAAAAAAGCUUUCCUGCAUCAGUUCUACUCACAGACAGUGGAAAUGUGUCAUGAACUCAGGCGGCCCAUCUACGGCUCAGUGGCCGCGCAGGCCAUAGACUACGACAAGCUUCAGCAACUCAUGUCGGCAGUCAAGUGGGAUGUCAAGGAGAUCAUGUCGCAGCACAAUGUUUAUGUCGAUGUCAUUCUCAAGGAGUUUUCGAGCUUUGAGAAGCGAAUGGUAGAGAUCCUGAAACAGGUGCCCCUCCCUAAGGCCGUCCACGACACCCUGUGGGAACAGUGUGUGAGGAUUGCUAACAGGACCUUUGUGGAAGGGUACGCCAGCGCUAAGAAGUGUACUAACGAAGGGAGAGCACUGAUGCAGCUGGAUUUCCAGCAGUACAUUACCAAGCUGGAAAAGCUCACAGAUGUCAGGCCUUUACCUGACCGAGAUUUCGUGGAGUCGUACAUCAAGGCCUAUUACCUGCCCGAGGCACAGUUAGAACAGUGGGUGAGGGAACAUAAGGUAUAUUCACCGAAGCAGUUGAUAGCUCUUGUGAACUGUAUAGACCACAUCAGUAAAAAGGCACGCCAGCGACUGACCAACAUUGUAGAAGAAUUGGACAAGCCUCGCAGAUGAUAGACCCAGCAGAUUACGUCUUCUAAUUACAUGUAAGCUGUGGUGUUAAUGACAGGAUUAGAACCUUAUAAUCCAGGUCUUAAUCCAGGUCUUAAUCCAUGUAAUCAGCCUAAAGAUCACUUGGACAAACUCUGAUGUUAAGAAAGGAAUCCUAGAUACAUUUUACAAUGAUACGGAAGGUUAGGUGUAAAGAGUUCAUCUUGGUGAGGUCUGUUGUUGUUGACCUAUCCACACAUGGGUUAGCAUGCGACAUCCCAGAAUUCACAGGUAAAUGACCAGGUGUGAAGAGUUGACUUAUAUAUGAAGGUGUUCAUGUGUUGAUCACCACCUGGCAUUUUAGACCUUGAAAUAUACACCUGUACUAAUCAGGCAAAACACCAACUGUACCACUUUUGUGUUUAUACAUUGAUUGGUACACAGCAUUUUAGACCUUGAAAUACACACCUGUACUAUUUCCAGGUCCACCUAAUCAAGCAAGAAAACGAGGUACAAAGCGUUAACUUUGGUGUUCAUAUGUUGUUUAGCAAGGGUACAUUCUGUAAAAUCCUGAUGUAUAAGACCGUCCUAUUCCGCUGAAAGUUUCUCAUAGCGCAGAAAGUCUUGAGUGCAAGCUGGUGAUCAUACAUAUAGGUUCACCCUGUUGGUUGUAGUACAAGCAACUGAUCACUGUUUGUGAAUCUAAUACAUUUAGUUUGUGUAAUUAUUUACUUAGUUGUAUGAGAAUUACACAUUUGAAAUUUGUUAUUUAUUUAAAUAUUUAUUUGAUUGGUGCUUUACACCCAACUCAAGAUUAUUUCACUUAUAUAACAGUGGCUAGCAUUAAUGUUUGUGGGAGGAAACUGCCCAGGGGGAAACCACGACCAUCCGCAGGUUGCUGGCAGACCACACGUAUUCCCACGUAUGGCCGGAGAGGAAGCCAGCAUGAUCUGGACUUGAACUCAAAGCGACCCAC